AUGGACAAGGUUUUCCAUCCGCCGAAUCUAAUCUAUGUCAGUCGCCUCGAAGAGUCGGACCGGAUCUCGUCUUUGUUGACCGACGGCAGUGUACCACACCAACAACACAGUCGCCUGCCGAUGUUCAGCAAUCACCUCCCGAUGGCUGAAAGAAUCAGCCUACGCCUAAUUCGUUUAGGGGCUGCAGCCCCUUGCAACAGGGCGCCGCUGAUAACACGCCAACGUGCUCCGGUUCGUCAAUCUGCAGCUGUCCUGGCAGACAUAUUUCCGUCAACGACGUUGACUUUGACCGGCCGUGGACAUAUCAUCAUCAAAGACUGA